AUGAACACUCGUAUUGUCGUUGAAACAAUUCGAACAGUAGAUUUCAAUUCAAAUACAAAUACUAAAACAACACCAUUCAGCCAUCAUUUAUUUUCGGCAAAUUCAUUUCGUAACUAUAAUACAAAGUCAAACCGAAGAACAAGUUCACCCAUUGAUCAUCACCAACAACAAGAAGAAGAAGAAGAAGAAGAAGAAGAAGAAGAAGAGGAAGACAACAACAACGAAGAAAUCGGUUCUGACGAAAACGACGACGAUCUUGACGACGAUUCAUGUAACAGUAUUUAUCCUCAUGAUCAACAACAAGACGAAGUGACUAAAGAUCAAGAGAGUGGUGAUACACAUACAAUUUGGAAUGCAAAUAAAGUUUCCUCAACAUACGACGAUAAUACACCGAGUAUUCAAUAUUCAAAUUCUGAUUCUGAAUUAGAAAAUUCAAAUCAAAAUAAUAAUUCAAUAAAUAAUCAUCAUCAUCCUUGUCGAGAAUGUGGAAAAUCUUUUGCUACAACAAGUGGUUUAAAACAACAUAUGCAUAUUCAUUCAUCAAUAAAACCAUUUCAAUGUGAAGUUUGUUUUAAAUCAUAUACACAAUUCUCCAAUCUUUGUCGACAUAAACGAAUGCAUGCUGAUUGUCGUACACAAGUUAAAUGUAGAUUUUGUGGACAAACGUUUUCGAACAGUGCUGCACUUAAUAAACAUCGACGUUUCUGCGGAGAUAUAACUUCAUUUAACCAUUCAUCUUCAAAAUCUCCUUUAUCAAUUCCAACAUCAGCAGCACCGCCCCCACCACUGCCGCCUCCUCCUCUUCCAACAAUGUCUUUAAAUAAAGAACAAAUGAAUAAUUGGUUAUGGAAUUCAAAUUUUCCAUAUUCACUACUCCCUUAUUUACCACGUUUGGCAACAAUGAAUCCAUUUCUUAAUGGUUCAUUAUCUCCAUUCUUUUCUCAUCCAUUUCCAACGUCAUCAACAACAAAUUCCAAUGAUUUAUCCCCAGCUAAUUCAAUUGAAGAAAAAACAAAUUCUUCAACACCAAAAUCCAAUAGUCCAAAACAAGAGCAACCUAGUAAACGUAACAAUAAUGAAGAUAUUCCACUUGAUUUAAGUGUUAAAAAAUCUCGUUUUGAUCAAUCACCUAUAACAUCCAAAUCAUCAUCAUCACCGGAACGUGAUAUAAAAUCACCUGCAAUUAUUCAAACAGAAUCAAAUCAACAAAAAUUUUCAUCAUCAAAAUAUGACGUUGAUUCAUUAUUAAAUCAUGUUAAAAAUACAAAAUCAAAUUUUAAAUUCGAUAUGAUUAAACAUUUAAAUACAUUUUAUCAUCAACAAUCAACAAGUAUAUCAUCAUUUCCUCAAACAUCAUCAUCAUCAUCAUCAUCAUCAACAACAACAACAACAGCCACAUCAACAACAGCAACAAAAAAUAAUAAUAAUAAUAUUAAUGCUAAUAACAACAAUAUUAGUACUAAUAAUCCAUUUGAUAAUUGGCAACAUCAUCAAACAGCAAAUAAAUUACAAUAUUUCAAUACUCGUUUAAAUAAUAAGGAUAAAUACACAUGUUCUUAUUGUGGAAAAGUAUUUCCACGUUCGGCAAAUUUAACUCGACAUUUACGAACACAUACAGGCGAACAACCAUAUCGUUGCAAAUAUUGUGAACGAUCAUUUUCAAUUUCAUCUAAUCUUCAACGACAUAUUCGAAAUAUUCAUAAUCGAGAAAAGAAAUUUCCAUGUCAUCUAUGUGAUCGUCGUUUUGCUCAACAAAUAAAUCUUGAACGACAUUUAACAAAACAUGAACGUGGUUUACCUUUAGAAGACCUAUCUGGUGAUGAUGACGCAUCAUUAAAUGAUUAUCCUAUUCAAUCAUCAACAUCAUCAAAUCAAACACAACUAAUGAACAAUGCAGCAGCAACAGCAGCCGCUGUAGCCGCUGCAUUUCAUCAACAACAUACAAUGGAUUUAUUUCAACGUUUAUUGCCACCCAAUACAAAUAAUUGUCAAACAAAUAAUUCAAGUGUAAAUCAACGUCGUUCAUCAUCAGUUUCAUCAACACAUACAACAACAUCAACAACAAAUUCAUCAUUACAGCGAACGAAUGUCGAUGAAGAGGAUACAAUACACCAGGAAGAACAACCUGAUAGUUGUUCACAAUCAAUACAAUCCGAAGAUGAUGAAGAUAUAUCAUCGCCAAUUAAUUCUUGA